AUGGCACCGCAAGCAGGCCAAACCAAACUCAAGACUGUCAGCGCCGGGUUCAACCUCCCACCUGCCUACAGCCUUUUCUUUCUCGUCAUCGAACCGAUAUCUGCCCUCGUUGGGGCUUUCUUUGCCCACUUCAAGCCGGAGGUGUACCUUGAGCUUACCCACGCUGCAACAGCCCCCUCGACCCUCCCCCUUGGUACCGGUAUCGCCAUGUCACAGCUUGCCAACCUCUACAUGUUUUUUGCAUUGAACGAGGCGAUCGUCCUACGUGCCACUGCCGACCUCAAGGUGUGGUCAGCCGUUCUCUUCGUCCUACUCGUGGCGGACCUGGGCCAUCUCUACACCGUUCGAGCACUGGGGCCAGGCAUCUAUUAUAAUGUCGCUGGUUGGAACGCUAUUGGCUGGGGCAACGUACCCUUCGUCUAUUUCGGUGCCAUCAUGAGAAUAGCCUUCCUCUCAGGAGUUGGUCUUGGGAACAAAGCUGUUCCGACGAAGAAGCAGAAAUAA